ACCAAUUUAACUGCGCACACCUCGAAGGCCGCGGCUGCCCUUCGAUGUGCCUGUCUUAAAAUAUUUUUGGUGUCCUCGCUGUUGCCGGAUACGUCUCAGCUUUUGUGUACAAUCCGUUCAUAAUCGCCUUAUUGUGUUUUACUUUCCCAGCCGCCCCAGUCUAGGGGCACGGCUAAAAGAUAACGUUGAGUAAGGUCGGACCGGAGCAAUGAAUUUGGAGUUACUCGAAUCCUUUGGACAGAACUACCCAGAGGAAGCAGAUGGAACGUUGGAUUGCAUUAGCAUGGCCCUCACCUGCACCUUUAAUAGGUGGGGCACGCUUCUCGCCGUGGGUUGUAACGAUGGCCGUAUUGUUAUAUGGGACUUCUUAACGCGGGGCAUUGCCAAGAUCUUAAGUGCUCAUAUACACCCUGUGUGCUCUCUAUGCUGGAGCAGAGAUGGUCAUAAGCUUGUGAGUGCCUCUACCGAUAACAUCGUAUCUUUGUGGGAUGUCUUGUCUGGAGAUUGUGAUCAGAGGUUUAGGUUUCCUUCCCCCAUACUUAAAGUUCAGUUUCAUCCCCGUGAUCAGGAUAAAGUUCUAGUGUGUCCCAUGAAAUCUGCCCCUGUUAUGCUAACACUGUCAGACUCCAGCCAUGUUGUCCUACCUGUGGAUGAUGAUUCUGAUCUUAACGUAGUAGCAUCUUUUGACCGUAGAGGAGAAUACAUCUAUACAGGAAAUGCCAAAGGGAAGAUUUUAGUGUUGAAAACAAAAACCCAGGAUCUGGUGGCAUCUUUCCGUGUUACAACUGGGACCAGCAACACAACUGCUAUUAAAUCCAUAGAGUUUGCGAGGAAGGGCAGCUGUUUCUUGAUAAAUACAGCAGACAGAAUAAUUCGAGUGUAUGAUGGACGGGAAAUACUUACCUGUGGAAGAGACGGGGAGCCAGAGCCUAUGCAAAAACUUCAAGAUUUAGUUAACAGAACUCCUUGGAAGAAAUGCUGCUUCUCUGGAGAUGGAGAGUAUAUCGUAGCAGGCUCUGCCCGGCAACAUGCUCUGUACAUUUGGGAAAAGAGCAUUGGAAAUCUGGUGAAAAUCCUGCAUGGAACCCGUGGUGAACUACUGCUAGAUGUUGCUUGGCAUCCUGUUCGACCAAUAAUUGCAUCUAUUUCCAGUGGAGUGGUUUCUAUAUGGGCUCAAAAUCAAGUAGAAAACUGGAGUGCAUUUGCUCCUGACUUCAAGGAGCUAGAUGAAAAUGUGGAGUAUGAGGAACGUGAAUCAGAGUUUGAUAUAGAAGAUGAAGAUAAGAGUGAACCUGAACAAACAGGAGGAGAUGCUGCUGAGGACGAGGAGGUAGAUGUGACCAGCGUUGACCGUAUUGCUGCUUUCUGCAGCAGUGACGAGGAACUGGAAGAUGCUAAAGCACUGCUUUAUCUUCCUAUUGCACCCGAGGUAGAAGACCCUGAGGAAAACCCUUAUGGGCCUCCCCCAGACACUGCUCAAAUUUCACUGGGUGAAGAUGGAGCUGGAACAGAAAAGAAGCGCCAGGCUUCGUCAGAUGGAGGUCAGCCACCAAAAAAGAAGCCAAAAACCACAGUGGUUGAAUUGCAAGGAGUGCCUAAUGAUGAAGUUCAUCCUCUAUUGGGAGUGAAGGGGGACAGUAAAUCCAAGAAGAAGCAGUCAGGACGGCCUAAAGGAGCUAAAGGUAAAGAGAAAGACUCUCAAUUUAAUCCGAAAACCUGCAAGGGUGACAGGGGCAUGUCUCUGGAGGCUGCAAUGAAAGGCAAAGCUCAGAAUGAGCUGCCACAAGUACUGACAGGUGGUGGUGCCAUUUCUGAGCUCCUUUGAGCUUAUCUGUAUGAUUCUUGAAUCUACAAUAAUUUGUCGCCCUGAAGUUCCCAUUAUACUUGGACUGAUCCAUUCCAGUGACAAUAAACGGGAUAUUCUCGUAAAUAUGUCAUGUGUUCGAACAAGGAGCAAUAGAAACCUUGUGUUUUAAUAACAGGCAUACUUUUAAUAUAUGAAGCUGUGGAUUUAUCAAAAGGUAUAUUGGACACAUUGGAACCAUAUUUCCCACAUUGCUUUGCCAGAAUGAAAACAUUUGAUUCAGUUUUACUUUGACACCAGUUGACAGUUUGGACGUUUCUUGCUUUUUAUACAAGUGGAAUAUCUGUACAACUCCCUCUUUCUUGAACGUAAAAAAUCAACAUUGUAUGAAAAUGGAGAAUCAUAUGUGAAAAAUCUUCAUUAAAGAAAGGAUUCUGGCAUUUUUGGUUUUAUAUUUUUGAUCCCAUGGAUUUCUCUCUGUCCCUCAGAGGUGGGGAAAUAAAACUGCCUUGUAUUUGUUUA